AUGGUCAACCCUUUAAGUCUCCCCGAGACCCUCGAGUCCGUCUCUAUCAACCCGAACCCUUCCCCGUCCCACGACAUCAACCCUCCGACCGCCGCCUCGGAAAAGGAGCCCGUGGAUGAAGUUGAAGAGACCCCGUCUGAGCCAGACAGCAUCCCAUCAGACAUUGUCGACCCGCGUCGCUCCAUCCAGCCUGUUUCCCGUCGUCACAACCUCCCCCCGUUGCCCGAUCUCCGCUUCGAACAGAGCUACCUCGCCAGCAUCCGCGACGCCGAUACCUGGGGCCGAGUAGCAUGGAUCACGGUUCGCGACCAGGUCCUCCUCCCUCUGAUCCAAGGCACGGUCUGGACCCUCGCGCUCUCCGGCUGGCGGUUCUGGAACCGCAAUGCCUCCCUCAGCGGCCAGACCCUGGGCAGCCGAAUCCGUCGCUGGUGGUAUGAGACGAACAACUGGAAGCUUCCGCCCCUGUCUCUGUCACUCCCGUCGGCAAAGGAUCCUCAGUUCGCGGCGCGGACGGAAGACUUCUACACGGCGCAAUUCGCGAAUGCCGGGUCGGAUUAG